UCUUAACUUGAAGAUUCUGAACACCCGUUGGUAAACCAAAGGGUUUACGACUUGAACUAAUAGGAAUGCCUUCCAAGAGGGCUGGUUGUCAAAUUGCAACAAAUUUAAAGAUGUUGCCAGUGGACCUAAAAUUACGAUUGGCAAAAUCAGAAUAACCUACAUAUCCGAGCAAAUUUAUCACCUGGAUCAGUAAACUGUGAAACCUAUACACACACACACCCAUUCCUAUUUUGAGUUCCUCCUACUUUGCUCUUCCUUCCUGUCUCGUUCUUGUAUCCGUGUUUUUGGGAAACAUCAACCGCAAAGGCAAUUGGUCACACUGUUGCUUAUGUGUAGUACUGUGUAUUUUCAGGAUCCUGACCUUCACCGGCCAAUCCCGUCCAUCAGGCGAUCACAUGCAGGACGAAGAGCCCCGUUCCUCGUCGAAUCGCGAUAAGCAUCGCGACGAGCAGCGGCACCGCGAUCGAGAUCGAGAGCGAGAUCGAGAUCGCGAUCGGGAUCGGGAUCGCCCGCACCGGAACCGAGACCGGAGUCGUGAACGUCGACGCGAUGACAAUCAUCGGGAUGAUCGCCACCGGACCACCGAUCGCUACCGGGGGGAAGAUCGGCACCGAGAGCGUUCCCAUAGGGAGCGAUCAGAUAGAGAACGUGACCAUCGCAGCAGUAGUAAACGGGAUCGCAGUAGAAAAAGUCGAUCGCGAUCGCGCGAGCGCCAGCGCGAUGGGUCACGUUCUCGGGAAGGAAGUACUUACUCCAAGGACCGGGAACGAGGUCGGAGAGAUCUGUCGAUUGAGAUUGAACAGGAGCUGCAAAAUUUGAGGAAACUAUCCGAUAUGAAAGCGGCAGCAGCAGCAGCCAGUGCAAAAUCGCGCAACGAAACAAACAAUAGCGAGACUGGAUCUGAGUUGAAAUCAAUGGAUGCGGAUAAUUCGAAUAGCAAUAGUUGUUCAUCGGUUGUUGAUAAGCCGGAACCUAAGGCCAGCUUUAGCAAAACAUUCAGCGCAAAUACCAACGGCAGUAGCUCCAAGAUGGAGUACGUUCCGGAGAUUCAAACCGAAGAGGAACGUAUCGAGUUCCAGAAGAAGAUGCAGGAAAAAUUGCAAGCUCAUCUGGCAGCCGAGGGUAAAUUGUAUCCCAAGCCAAAACCUUCGCCUGCGAUCAACACUGCAACGGGAUUUGCAAACGAUGGUUCCUUCCUGGAGAUGUUUAAGAGAAUGCAACAGCAAGUCAUUCCGGUGGAAGAAGAGUGCUGCGCCGCACAGAGUCAGUACUAUCCCCCUGGGGGCAGUGCAGCGGCAGUUCCACCAGCAGCAGUAGCAAUAGCAACAGUAGCUAGUUCGACUCAAGUGAAAGUGAUCCAGCAGCCCCAACCGCAACCAGUACCGGUACCGAUUGUGGGUCGAAGAAGGGGAGGGAAGAUUCUCAAAACGGGAAUAGUGAAGAAGCCAAAACCGAUCGAAGAAUCGUACGUCGAGACACCGAACGACGCAUGGAAUCUCUAUCUGCAGGAGGUCAAAAAGUACAAAAAUGCAUCCUGCGAUGCCGACUCCAAAACGCGGCCAUUGGUUAAAUAGAGAGUAUUGGGGGGUUCAGACCGUGGUAGUGCUGGCGUGAUAUUUUUUUUCUCUUCGGUAGAUGAAUGAGCGGAAUGAUUGUGAAUGAUGUAUGACUUUAUCGUAUUAUUCCUGUAACCAUUAUUUUGUAAGAACAAUCGAUAUGAAUUUUCCAACCAAUUUUGACUAACUAAAGGGAAAAUGGAUUGCAUUUCGGAUGUGACCCGGAAAACAGAUCAUCACUGACCGUUUAUUUACCUAAUGCAUAGUUUGUUGCCUUUCGCUUGUAAGAAUUUUAGGUGUGUAAGUCUUUCCCCGUCUGGUCAAAAUGCAUUUUCUUGAAUGACUCAAUCACGUGUCUGUUUUGUUUCGUGGAACAUGCACAAAUUGCAGUUGAUCAAUCACCAAGUCAAAGUAAUUUGUGCAUGACUGCAUCCGGUUAGGAUUGAUAUUUAAAGCCCAAUUGUUUCAUCUAUUUCUAUUAAAACUCGCAUC